UAAUUUUGUGUUUAGUGGAUAACGUCGAGUAUGCACGUCUAAGUACACGCGGAUGUAUAAUCCAAAUUGCAAUUUUGGACAAGGGUCCAAGAGUUUCUUUACUCAUUACUCAGCUUACUCCAACGUCUCCAAGUCCACCUGCAAAUUGCUGAUUGCUCCUCUCAAUCGAGUUGCUGAAAUUCCUCAAAACCUGACCUUUUCCCUCAAUUUCAACCCAAUUUCACAAAUCCCAUUAAACCCUAAUCCCCAAAUUCUUCCCGAAAAAUCAUGUACAUUUCCGACACCAAUCACCACCCCGCUACCACCAACCCCAUCGCCAAACCACCGUCAUCAUCCCUUGAAUUCUCCGACGAUGAUCACCACCAUGAUAUGAUGAUCGAAGUGGUCCCCACUCACCACCACCACCACCAACAACAACAGCAACAGCAACAUCAACACCAUGAACCCCACCGCUUACCCUCCAUGGCAACGACACCGUCGACUUCCGGCCCGAAAAAGCGAGCUGAGACAUGGGUUCAAGACGAAACUCGGAACUUGAUUAGCUUUAGAAGAGAUAUGGAUGCUUUAUUCAACACUUCUAAAUCUAACAAACAUUUGUGGGAGCAGAUUUCGGCGAAAAUGAGGGAUAGAGGGUUUGAUAGGAGCCCCACUAUGUGCACUGAUAAGUGGAGGAACUUGCUUAAGGAGUUCAAGAAAGCAAAACAGCAAAAUGUAAAUGGGAGUAAUGGCAAUGGGAAUGCCAAGAUGCUGUGUUAUAAGGAAAUUGAGGAGAUUCUGAGGGAGAGGACUCGUUCUACUCAGACGUCGAAUGUAGCUGGGUAUAAAAGUCCUAAUCAUAAUUCUGAUGGGAUGAAUCAUUCUUCCAAGGAUGAUCCUUUCUUGCGAUUCUGUGAUAAAGGUGUUGAUGAUGCUUCUAUUCCUUUUGGACCCAUUGAAGCUAAUGGGAGGCCAACACUAAACUUGGAAAGGCGUUUGGAUAACGAGGGACAUCCUCUUGCCAUUACUGCAGCUGAUGAUGUAACAGGCGGGGGUUGUCCCCCAUCAUUUUGGCGGGAUACUCCUGCAAAUGGUGAUGAUACUCAUGCUUUUGGUGGGAGGGUGAUAACCGUCAAAUGGGGAGAUUACACUAGACGGAUUGGUGUAGAUGGCACUGCCGAGGCCAUCAAGGAUGUCAUCCGAUCUGCAUUUGGGUUAAGGACAAAGCGUGCCUUUUGGUUGGAGGAUGAAGAACAGAUUGCUCGGUCCCUUGACAGGGACAUGCCAAUGUGCAUUUACACUCUUCACCUUGAUGAAGGUAUGACAAUAAAGUUGUGCCACUAUGAAGAGACUGAGCACAUUCCAUAUGCCGGUCAAACGAUAACACACACAGAAGUAAAAACAUUUUACACGGAGGAUGAUUACCGUGAGUUUAUGCAGCACCGAGGAUGGUCAUGUCUUAGGGAGUUGAAUGGCUACAGAAAUAUCGAUAAUCUGGAUGAUCUUCGCCCAGAUGCAUUAUAUCGUGGUGUCACUUGACAAUCUGAGUGCCUCACUUCUCGUUGCAUCUGUUCGUUCUCUAGAUAUCUUUUAACAGAGAACGGAGUUGUGUAGCUAAAAGAUUUACUGACAGAAAUCGGACCUUUUGUACAGAUAAGAUUGCCUUGUUAUAAGUAAGAACUCCCAACUGUAUAUAUACAUUUCCAACUCCUUAUGUAAUGUAGUAAUGCUCCUUGGUCAGCAACUCAGCAUCUUUACUUGACCAUGACUCCAGUUUCUUCAGCUCCUUACAGUUUUGCUCUGACCUGAGGUUCAAGUUUUAAUUUAUGAAUGUGUUUAAAUCAUAUGAAUUCAAGAUUCUGCCCUCCAA